AUGUGGACCAAGCUGAGCAGCCUUCUUCCGAGGCACCGCAUGGUUCCUUCCACCGCCUUUGCCAUCCACCGUGUUUACAGCGCAGGCGCCCUCGUGUCGGGCGGUGCUGGAACAGUGCAUGGCGUCUUCCAGAGAGCCAUCAACGCGACGGCCCCGCGGACGGACUGGACGCGCGCUGAGAUCUCCGCCAUUUACAACACGCCACUCAUCGAUCUCACCCAUGCUGCUGGCACUCUUCACCGUCGCUUCCACAAUCCGGGCGCAAUCCAGAUGUGCACCCUCAUGAAUAUCAAGACAGGCGGCUGCAGCGAAGAUUGCAGCUACUGUGCGCAGUCAUCGCGGUACCAGACGGGCCUUAAGGCGACGAAAUUAUCGACCGUUGAGUCUGUCCUGGCUGCCGCACGCGUGGCUCGCGACAACGGCUCGACCCGUUUCUGCAUGGGCGCCGCGUGGCGGGACAUGCGUGGCCGCAAGUCUGGUCUGCGCAAUAUCAAGGCCAUGGUUGAAGGUGUGCACGCGCUGGGUCUUGAGAGCUGCGUGACGCUGGGCAUGCUAGAUGAGACGCAGGCCAAAGAGCUCAAGGAUGCUGGCCUCACGGCCUACAACCACAACGUUGAUACCAGCCGCGAACACUACCCAAAGGUGAUCACUACGCGGUCGUACGACGAGCGUCUGCAGACGAUUAGCAAUGUGCGAGACGCCGGCAUCAAGGUGUGUACGGGUGGCAUUCUUGGCCUCGGUGAGAAACCUGAGGACCAUGUGGGCCUACUGCACACCGUGGCAACGAUGCCUUCACACCCAGAGAGUUUCCCAGUCAACACCUUGGUUCCCAUCGAAGGAACGCCUCUAUUCAAAUCGACUCGAAUUCCUUUCGACGCCGUCCUGCGCACGAUUGCCACGGCGCGACUUGUGAUGCCAACAGCCAUCAUCCGCAUCGCCGCUGGACGUGUGGACAUGAGCGAGGAGAAGCAGGUCUUGUGCUUCCUGGCAGGUGCUAACGCUGUGUUCACGGGUGAGAAAAUGCUCACCACGGCGUGCUCGGGCUGGGAAGAGGACCUGGCUAUGUUCAACCGUUGGGGCCUUUUCCCGAUGAAGGCUCACGUGGAGCCCGUCCUUCGCAAGGAUGAAGAAUCGCCCUUCCAAGUGAACAAUUCGCUUCUUGCAGAUGUUCCUACUGCCUCUCACCAGGAGACUUCCACCACGGUUUAA